CCGAGCCGGGACCGAGCCGGGACACCGGGAACCGGGAGCCUGUUCCAGGCACCGAGCCGGGACCCCCCCUCCCCGCUACGCGGGACCCCGGGGCUGAGAGCCGGGACCCCGUUCCCCCGCACCGGGACCCCCGUACCGGGCACCAUCACCGAUCCGCCUCACCCACCCGGGACACCGGCACCCACCCGGGACACGGGCGCUGACCCAGGACACCGUCCCCCAGCGCCGGCAUCGCCACCGGGACCCCCACCCAGGAUACCAGCGCCCACCCAGGACCCCCCACCUCGGGCACCGGGACUGAUUUUGGGACACCCACCCCAUCGCCGGGACUGAGCCGGGACCCCACCCAGGGACCCCAGGACAACUCCCCCCACCCCCACCCCAGGACCCCCACUGAGGACACCGGGAGUGACCCAGGCCCCUUCCCCCCAGGACCCCAACCCCCAGCCCGGCCUGUGGGACCCCCCCCGCACCCAGCACCCAGCACCCAGCGCCAUGAACUCCACGUACGAGCUGCCCACCACGGAGGAGCCGGAGGAGCUCCCGGCCACCGAGAAGGACCUGGCGGAGGACGCUCCCUGGAAGAAGAUCCAGCAGAACACCUUCACGCGCUGGUGCAACGAGCACCUCAAGUGCGUUCACAAGCGCAUCGGGGACCUGCAGCGGGACCUGAGCGACGGGCUGCGCCUCAUCGCGCUGCUGGAGGUGCUCAGCCAGAAGAAAAUGGGGCGCAAGUACCACCCGCGCCCCAACUUCCGCCAGAUGAAGCUGGAGAACGUCUCGGUGGCCUUGGAGUUCCUGGAGAGGGAACACAUCAAGCUGGUCUCCAUCGACAGCAAGGCCAUCGUGGACGGGAACCUGAAGCUGAUCCUGGGGCUGGUGUGGACGCUGAUCCUGCACUACUCCAUCUCCAUGCCGGUCUGGGAGGAGGAGGAGGAGGGCGGGGGGCGGCAGCAGCAGACCCCCAAGCAGCGCCUGCUGGGCUGGAUCCAGCACAAGGUGCCCCAGCUGCCCAUCACCAACUUCCACCGGGACUGGCGCGACGGCAAGGCACUGGGAGCACUGGUGGACAACUGCGCCCCGGGGCUGUGCCCGGACUGGGAGAGCUGGGACCCGGCGCAGCCGGUGCAGAACGCGCGCGAGGCCAUGCAGCAGGCGGACGACUGGCUGGGGGUGCCCCAGGUGAUCGCCCCCGAGGAGAUCGUGGACCCCAACGUGGACGAGCACUCGGUCAUGACCUACCUGUCCCAGUUCCCCAAGGCCAAGCUCAAACCGGGGGCCCCCCUGCGCGCCCGCCAGCCCCAGCCCACCCGCGCCCGCGCCUACGGGCCCGGCAUCGAGCCGCAGGGGAACGUGGUGCUGCAGCCGGCGCAGUUCACGGUGGAGACCCUCGAGGCGGGGGUGGGCGAGGUCCUGGUCUACGUGGAGGACCCCGAGGGUCACACCGAGGAGGCCAAGGUGGUCCCCAACAACGACAAGAAGCGGACGUACAGCGUCACCUACGUGCCCAAGGUCGGGGGGCUGCACAAGGUGACGGUGCUGUUCGCGGGGCAGAACAUCGACAAGAGCCCCUUCGGCGUCAACGUGGCCAUGGCGCUGGGGGACGCCAACAAGGUGACGGCGCGUGGCCCCGGCCUGGAGCCCGUCGGCAACGUGGCCGGCAAGCCCACCUACUUCGACAUCUACACCGCAGGGGCCGGCCCGGGCGACGUGGGGGUGGUGAUCGUGGACCCCCAGGGCCGGCGGGACACGGUGGAGGUGAUGCUGGAGGACAAGGGGGACAACAUCUACCGCUGCACCUACCGGCCCGUCCUGGAGGGGCCACACACCGUCUGCGUCACCUACGCCGGCGCCCAGAUCCCCAAGAGCCCCUUCGCCGUCAACGUGGCUGAAGCGUGCACCCCGUCGGCGUGCCGGGCCACGGGCCGGGGGCUGCAGCCCAAGGGCGUGCGGGUGCAGGAGGUGGCCGACUUCAGGGUGCUCACCAAGGGUGCUGGCACCGGGGACCUGCGCGUGCUCCUCAAGGGGCCCAAGGGCACGGAGGAGCCGGUGUCGGUGCGGGACGCGGGUGACGGCGUCUACGAGUGCGAGUAUCGCCCGGCCGUGCCCGGCAAGUACCAGGUGGCCAUCACCUGGGGGGGCUACGCCAUCCCACGCAGCCCCUUCGAGGUGCAGGUGGCGGCGGCGCCGGGCGUGCAGAAGGUGCGGGCCUGGGGGCCGGGGCUGGUGGGCGGCGUGGUGGGCCGGGCGGCCAGCUUCGUGGUGGAGGCCAUCGGCACCGAAGUGGGGACCCUGGGGUUCUCCAUCGAGGGCCCGUCCCAGGCCAAGAUCGAGUGUGACGACAAGGGCGACGGCUCGUGCGACGUGCGGUACUGGCCCACCGAGGCGGGGGAGUACGCCGUGCACGUGGUGUGCGACGACGAGGACAUCAAGGACAGCCCCUUCAUCGCACACAUCCUGCCCGCCCCCGCCGACUCCUGCCCCGAGAAGGUGAAGGCCUUUGGGCCGGGGCUGGAGCCCACCGGCUGCAUCGUGGAGCGGCCGGCAGAGUUCACCAUCGACACCCGCGGCGCUGGCAAGGGGCCCCUCAAGCUCUAUGCCCAGGAUGCCGAGGGCUGCCCCAUCGACAUCAAGGUGAAGGACAACGGGGACGGCACCUACCACUGCGUCUACGUGCCCACCAAGGCCAUCAAGCACACCAUCAUCGUCACCUGGGGGGGCGUCACCACCCCCCGCAGCCCCUUCCGCGUGAACGUUGGCGAGGGCAGCCACCCCGGCAAGGUGAAGGUCUACGGGCCGGGCGUGGAGAAGACGGGGCUGAAGGCCAACGAGCCCACCUACUUCACCGUCGACUGCAGCGAGGCCGGGCAGGGUGACGUAAGCAUCGGCAUCAAAUGCGCCCCGGGCGUGGUGGGUCCGCUGGAGGCCGACAUCGACUUUGACAUCAUCAAGAACGACAACGACACCUUCACGGUGAAGUACACGCCGCCGGGCGCCGGGCUCUACACCAUCAUGGUGCUCUUCGCCAACCAGGAGAUCCCCAGCAGCCCCUUCCGCAUCAAGGUGGACCCGUCCCACGACGCCAGCAAGGUCAAGGCGGAGGGACCCGGGCUCAGCCGGACGGGCGUGGAGGUGGGGAAGCCCACCCACUUCACGGUGCAGACGAAGGGGGCGGGCAAGGCCCCCCUGGAGGUGCAGUUUGGGGGCCCGGGGCAGGGCCCCGCCGUGCGCGACUUCGAGGUCAUCGACAACCACGACUACUCCUACACCGUCAAGUACACCCCGCUGCAGCAGGGUCCCCUGGCCGUGGUGGUCACCUACGGGGGGGACCAGGUCCCCAGGAGCCCCUUCCCCGUCACCGUGGCCCCCCCCCUGCAGCUGGCCAAGGUCAAGGUGCAGGGGCUCAACAGCAAGGUGGAGGUGGGGCAGCCCCAGGACUUCACGGUGGAGGCGGCGGGGGCGGGGGGGCAGGGCAAGGUCGAGGUCAAGGUCACGGGCCCCGCCCGCCGCCCCCUCCCCUGCAAGGUGGGCCCGGCCCCCCCCGGCGCCCCCCACCCCGUCACCUUCACCCCCCCCGAGGAGGGACCCUACAGGGUGGAGGUCACCUACGACGGGCACCCCGUCCCCGGCAGCCCCUUCCCCGUGGAGGCCCUGCUGCCCCCCGACCCCUCCAAGGUGUGCGCCUUCGGGCCGGGGCUGCAGGGCGGCCGGGUGGGCGUGCCGGCCCCGUUCACCAUCGACACCAAGGGCGCGGGCACCGGGGGGCUGGGGCUGACGGUGGAGGGGCCGUGCGAGGCCAAGAUCGAGUGCCAGGACAACGGCGACGGCUCCUGCUCCGUCUCCUACCUGCCCACCGAGCCCGGCGACUACAACAUCAACAUCCUCUUCGCCGAGCGCCACGUGCCCGGCAGCCCCUUCAAGGCGCGCGUCGUCCCCGUCUUCGACGCCGGCAUGGUGACGGCCAGCGGCCCCGGGCUGGAGCGCGGCAGAGCCGGGGAAGUGGCCGCUUUCGCGGUGGAUUGUUCCAAAGCCGGAGACGCCGAGUUGACCAUCGAGAUCAUCUCGGAAGCGGGGGUGAAGGCCGAGGUGUUGAUCCAGAACAACCGGGACGGUACCUACGCCAUCACCUACACCCCCGCCUGCCCCGGCGCCUACACCAUCACCAUCAAGUACGGCGGGCACCCCGUCCCCAAGUUCCCCGUCCGCGUCACCAUCGACCCGGCGGUCGACACCAGCGGCGUCAAGGUCUACGGCAAAGGCGUGGAGCCGCGAGGGGUGCUGCGUGAGGUGGGCACCGACUUCACCGUGGAUGCCCGGGCGCUCACCAAGACGGGGGGGCCCCACGUCAAGGCCCGGGUGCUGAACCCCUCGGGUGCCACCACCGACACCUACGUCACCGACCACGGCGACGGCACCUACCGAGUGGACUACACCCCCUACGAGGACGGCCUGCACCGGGUGGAGGUGACCUACGACGAGGUGGCGGUCCCCAAGAGCCCCUUCCGUGUGGGGGUGGCAGAAGGCUGCGACCCCGGCCGUGUGCGGGCGCACGGGCCCGGCCUGGAGGGCGGCAUCGUCGGCAAGGCCAACCGCUUCACCGUGGAGACCAGGGGCGCGGGCACCGGGGGGCUGGGCCUGGCCAUCGAGGGUCCCUCUGAGGCCAAGAUGUCCUGCAAGGACAACAAGGACGGGAGCUGCACGGUGGAGUACAUCCCCUUCACGCCCGGGGACUACGACGUCAACAUCACCUUUGGUGGCCACCCCAUCCCUGGGAGCCCCUUCCGGGUGCCGGUGAAGGACGUGGUGGACCCCAGCAAGGUGAAGUGUUCGGGGCCGGGGCUGGGCCCCAGCGUCAGGGCCCGGGUGCCCCAGACCUUCACCGUGGACUGCAGCACGGCGGGGCUGGCGCCCCUCGAGGUGACGCUGCUGGGACCCUCCGGUCUGGCGGAGCCGGUGGAGGUGCGCGACAACGGUGACGGCACCCACAAGGUCAACUACACCCCGGCCACCGACGGGCCCUACACCGUGGCCGUCAAGUACGCCGACCAGGAGGUGCCGCGCAGCCCCUUCAAGAUCAAGGUGCUGCCCGCCCACGACGCCAGCAAGGUGCGCGCCAGCGGGCCGGGGCUCAGCACCAGCGGCAUCCCCGCCAGCCUGCCCGUCGAGUUCACCAUCGACGCCCGCGACGCCGGCGAGGGGCUGCUCACCGUCCAGAUCCUGGACCCCGAGGGGCAGCCCAAGAAGGCGGCGAUCCGGGACAACGGGGACGGCACCUACACGGUCUCCUACGUCCCCGACCUGCCGGGGCGCUACACCAUCACCAUCAAGUACGGGGGGGACGAGAUCCCCUGCUCCCCCUUCCGCAUCCACGCCGUGCCGGCCGGCGACGCCAGCAAGUGCCUCGUCACAGUAUCCAUUGGGGGCCACGGACUGGGUGCCUGUCUGGGUCCCACCAUCCAGAUCGGGGAGGAGACGGUGAUCACGGUGGACGCCAAGGCGGCCGGUCAGGGGAAGGUGACGUGCAAGGUGUCCACCCCCGACGGCGCCGAGCUGGACGUGGACGUGGUGGAGAACCACGACGGCACCUUCGACAUCUACUACACCGCCCCCGAGCCCGGGAAAUACGUCAUCACCAUCCGCUUCGGGGGGGAACACGUCCCCAACAGCCCCUUCCACGUCCUGGCCACAGAGGAGCCCCCGGCCACCGCUGAGAACCUCCGGCCCUUCAACCUCGUCAUCCCCUUCACCGUGCAGAAGGGCGAGAUCACAGGGGAGGUGCGGAUGCCCUCGGGGAAGACGGCGCGACCCAACAUCACCGACAACAAGGACGGGACGGUGACGGUGCGCUACGCCCCCACCGAGAAGGGGCUGCACGAGAUGGACAUCCGCUACGAUGGCAACCACAUCCCUGGGAGUCCCCUCCAGUUCUACGUGGACGCCAUCAACCCCCGGCACGUGAGCGCCUACGGGCCGGGGCUGAGCCACGGCAUGGUCAACAAGCCCUGCACCUUCACCAUCGUCACCAAGGACGCCGGGGAGGGUGGGCUCUCGUUGGCGGUGGAGGGUCCCUCCAAGGCGGAGAUCACCUGCCAGGACAACAAGGAUGGGACCUGCACCGUGUCCUACCUGCCCACCGCCCCUGGGGACUACAACAUCAUCGUCCGCUUCGAUGACAAGCACAUCCCGGGCAGCCCCUUCACCGCCAAGAUCACCGGGGACGACUCCAUGAGGACGUCCCAACUCAACGUGGGCACCUCGACGGACGUCUCGCUGAAGAUCACGGAGACGGACCUGAGCCUGCUGACGGCCAGCAUCCGGGCGCCGUCGGGCAACGAGGAGCCCUGCCUGCUCAAGCGGUUGCCCAACCGCCACAUCGGCAUCUCCUUCACGCCCAAGGAGGUGGGCGAGCACGUGGUGAGCGUGAAGAAGAGCGGGCAGCACGUCACCAACAGCCCCUUCAAGAUCCUGGUGGGGCAGUCGGAGAUCGGGGACGCCAGCCGGGUGAAGGUGUGGGGCAAGGGGCUGGUGGAAGGUCACACCUUCGAGGUGUCCGAGUUCAUCGUGGACACACGCAGCGCCGGCUACGGCGGGCUGGGCCUGUCCAUCGAGGGUCCCAGCAAGGUGGACAUCAACUGCGAGGACGUGGAGGACGGCACCUGCAAGGUCACCUACUGCCCCACCGAGCCCGGCAACUACAUCAUCAACAUCAAGUUUGCCGACAAACACGUCCCAGGAAGCCCCUUCACGGUGAAGGUGACGGGCGAGGGGCGCAUGAAGGAGAGCAUCACGCGCCGGCGGCAGGCCCCCUCCAUCGCCACCAUCGGCAGCACCUGCGACCUCAACCUCAAGAUCCCAGGGAACUGGUUCCAGAUGGUGUCGGCGCAGGAGCGCCUGACGCGCACCUUCACGCGGAGCAGCCACACCUACACGCGCACCGAGCGCACCGAGAUCAGCAAGACGCGGGGCGGCGAGACCACGCGGGAGGUGCGGGUGGAGGAGUCCACCCAGGUCGGCGGGGACCCCUUCCCCAACGUCUUCGGGGGCUUCCUGGCCCGGGAGGGGCUGGGCUCCUUCGGCCCCAUCGCCCGCGCCCAGGAGGGCGAGGCGUCCCCCCAGGAGCUGUCGGCGCAGGUGCUGAGCCCGUCGGGGCAGCGGUUCGAGGCGGAGGUGGUGGCGGGGGGCGCGGGGGUGUACAGCGUGCGCUUCGUGCCGCAGGAGAUGGGGCCCCACACCGUCAGCGUCAAAUACCGCGGGCAGCACGUGCCGGGGAGCCCCUUCCAGUUCACCGUGGGGCCCCUGGGCGAGGGGGGCGCCCACAAGGUGCGGGCGGGGGGCACCGGCCUCCAGCGCGGAGUGGCCGGCGUGCCAGCCGAGUUCAGCAUCUGGACGCGGGAGGCGGGGGCCGGGGGCCUCUCCAUCGCGGUGGAGGGGCCCAGCAAGGCCGAGAUCGCCUUCGAGGACCGCAAGGACGGCUCCUGCGGCGUCUCCUACCUCGUCCAGGAGCCCGGUGACUACGAGGUCUCCAUCAAGUUCAACGAGGAGCACAUCCCCGACAGCCCCUUCGUGGUGCCCGUGGCCUCCCACUCCGAUGACGCCCGGCGCCUCACGGUCACCAGCCUCCAGGAGACGGUGACGGUGAACCAGCCGGCCUCCUUCGCGGUGCAGCUGAACGGGGCGCGCGGCGUCAUCGACGCCAAGGUGCACACGCCGGCCGGCGUCGUGGAGGAGUGCUACGUCUCUGAGCUGGACAGCGACAAGUACGCCAUCGGGUUCCUGCCGCGGGAGAACGGGGUGCACUCCAUCGACCUGCGCUUCAACGGGCGCCACGUGCCCGGCAGCCCCUUCAACAUCCGCGUGGGCGAGCAGAGCCAGGCCGGGGACCCCGGGCUCGUCACCGCCUACGGCCCCGGCCUCGAGGGCGGCCUCACAGGCGUGUGCUCCGAGUUCCUGGUGAAGACGGCGAACGCGGGGGCGGGGGCGCUGGCCGUCACCAUCGACGGCCCCUCCAAGGUGAAGCUGGACUGCGUGGAGUGCGCCGAGGGCCACCGCGUCACCUACACCCCCAUGGCGCCCGGCAACUACCUCAUCUCCAUCAAGUACGGGGGGCCGCACCACAUCGUCGGCAGCCCCUUCAAGGCCAAGGUCACCGGCCCGCGUCUGUCGGGGGGCCACAGCCUGCACGAGACCUCGACGGUGCUGGUGGAGACGGUGACGCGGGGGGGGUCGGCGUCGCGGGGCCCCCCCGCCUUCGGGGGGCUCCCCAAGUUCUCCUCGGACGCGGGGAAGGUGGUGGCGCGGGGGCCGGGGCUGGCCACCGCCUUCCUGGGCCAGAAGAACCAUUUCACCGUGGACUGCAGCAAGGCCGGUACCAACAUGCUGAUGGUGGGGGUGCACGGCCCCAAGACCCCGUGCGAGGAGGUGUACGUCAAGCACGUGGGCAACCGCGUCUACAACGUCACCUACACCGUGAAGGAGAAGGGGGACUACGUCCUCAUCCUGCGCUGGGGGGACGACAACGUCCCGGGCAGCCCCUACCGCGUCACCGUCCCCUGACCCCCCCCCCCCGCACCCCCCCCCCCCGCACCGGGGGGUCCCAUCGGGGUCCUGACCCCACCAAUAAAGCACUGGGAGACUCGG